GCCCCUCUGCCCUGCCCCCACCAGCACCUUCCUGCCAGGCCUCGUGGGCUGGAUCAACCGCUUUUUCUUCUGGCUCCUGUUCAAUGGGAAGAAGGAAAACUGCAACCGCAGCCACAAGAUCUUCACCUACGAGUGCCGCUUCAAGCAACACGUGCAGGACUGGGCCAUCCCCAGAGAGAAGACCAAGGAGGCCCUGCUGGAGCUGAAGGCCAUGCUGGAGGCGCACCCCAAGGUGGUGGCCCACUACCCCGUGGAGGUGCGUUUCAGCCGGGGGGACGACGUCCUGCUGAGCCCCUGCUUCCAGCGCGACAGCUGCUACAUGAACAUCAUCAUGUACAGGCCCUACGGCAAGGACGUGCCGCGGCUGGACUACUGGCUGGCCUACGAGACCAUCAUGAAGAAGGUGGGGGGCAGGCCCCACUGGGCCAAGGCCCACAACUGCACCCGGAAGGACUUUGAGAACAUGUACCCCGCCUUUCCGAAGUUCUGUGCCAUCCGAGAAAAGCUGGACCCCUCGGGCAUGUUCCUGAAUGCGUAUCUGGAGAAGGUGUUCUACUGAAGCACAAACAGAAAUCAAGUCGAGCCCACCCCAUCCCAUCCCCCAGGCCCCCUCCCCAUGAGGUUGAAGGCUCAGGGUCCCUCCGGCCUGAUGGGGAGCAGACCUCUUCCCGCCAGCGCUCUGCCACGGUGCCCACAGCUGCUCUGGCCCAGAGUGAGGCGCCUGGAUCUGAGCAGCCCCCAUAUCCCUCACCCUCUCAGGAACCCCAUGAAAGGACGAGCACCAAACCCCCAUUUACCUCUUCAGCCGCAUCCUUUUAGCCCAAGCCUGCAAUCACAACAUCCUGUCUCCCAGAAGGCAGAGAAGCCCCCAAAUGUUCUGUGUCUAGGAGGUCAGGAUUCAGCCUUUCACAGGUUCCGCCUGCUGGUUGGGUGUCCGGAGCUCCAGGGAUCCCCCGCCUACCCUUGCAGGGAGGGGUCCCCCUGGCAUGUGUUUGGGCACAGAGGUCGUGUGUGCUGUGCUCUGCUUUCUUUCACUCUCGAGGGUCUUUCAGAUGCUCAGGUGCGCUCCCCCUGCCCUGGGACUGCCCUCUUCCAGAGGGUCCACCUGUCCAUCUGACCUCCCAUAGCCCGACCUACAGUGUGUCUAUUCCAGGGGAUGUUUGGGGAGUGGGACUCUCCUUGCCUUCUUUUUAAUAAAGGCCAAGAGUUCAUU